AUGAAUUUCAGCCAAGCCUUCUGUUAUGAGUCGGUCAACAGGUCUUGCCCAAAGACCAUCUACCCAACAGCUAUACGCGGCCUGCUGUAUAUGUUUUGUAUGGCUGUCAUUGUUCUGACUGUAUGUGGAAAUCUACUUGUUAUCAUCGCCAUCACUCACUUCAAACAGCUUCACACGCCAAACAACUACCUCGUCCUCUCCCUGGCCAUGGCCGACCUCCUCUUGGGGGCGAUCAUCAUGCCUGCCAGCAUGGUGCGCUCUCUCGAAACCUGCUGGUAUUUUGGAGACUUCUUCUAUCGUUACUAUGCUGUUUGUCAGCCCCUCCACUACCAGACCAAGAUCACGACCGCUGUAACAGUGAUCAUGAUUCUAGUCACCUGGAGUGUGUCUAUCAUUGUUGGCUUUGGGAUGAUAUUUUUGGAGCUGAAUAUCAAGGGUAUUGAAGACAUUUACUACAAUAACAUUUAUUGCGUAGGGGGCUGUUUUAUUUUCCUGGGUGUGGUAUCAGGCACUGUAGCUUCUGUUCUCUCUUUUUACAUUCCAGGGUUCAUUAUGCUCACAAUCUACCAUAAAAUCUUCCUAAUUGCACAGAAACAAGUCCGCUCCAUUGCCUGUCAGAAUGUGCACUCUGAAGCCAGAGCAAGCAACAUGGAGCGAAAAGCCACAAAGACCCUUGCAAUCGUUAUGGGGGUAUUCCUGUCAUGUUGGACCCCCUUCUUUGUGUGUAACCUCAUUGACCCGAUCAUUAAUUAUGCCAUUCCGGCAGUGUUAUAUGACGCGUUUGUGUGGAUUGGCUAUUUAAAUUCAGCAUUUAACCCUAUUGUAUAUGCUUUCUUUUACAGCUGGUAUAGGAAAGCUUUCAGAAUGAUCAUUGUUGGGAAAAUAUUUCAGACGGGUUCUUCCAGGACAAAACUAAGCAGUGAUUGA